AUGGUGAACUCUCGCAAGCAAUCAAUCGUCGAAGCCGCUGAGGCUCACUUCGACAAGAAUACGUUGAUUCUGAUCGUCAACGUCGUCAUUUUGACUGUGCUCAUCUCUCUUCUCUACAUGGUUGCCACAUCAGCAAUGGCUGCCAGCGGACCACAUAACGAGAACUAG